AUGGCCAUGAGCAUGCGUGAGAUUGUGCUCUGUGCAUCCCUCAUAUUUGUCAUUGGCGUUUCCGUACUAAAUCAAACCGUGAAUUCGACGUCGUCCUUCUCAACUCAGAUCCUCCAAAAUGAUCAGUCCUCACUGUCAUCCUCAUCCCCCUCCAUCCUCCAUCUCCACAAACAACAAAAACAACGCACUCAAGACCAAAAACUCAGAUUAAACAACCUCCAAGUCAUCGGCACACACAAUAGCUACCAUCGCGAAGUCUCCUUACCAGAAAGGAUCCAUUUUCCCACGCUUAUGGCAACCGUCGACCCGCAUUUCGAGGGGUAUUACUACUCUCACGCCUCUGUGCACGACCAACUCGAAUACCAACAGGUCCGCAGCUUCGAGUUCGAUGUAUAUGUGGACACCCAUGGCGGGCUAUUCGCGGAUCCACUCAUUCGUCGAUUGGCAAACAUGUCCGAAUCAGACGAGGCGCAUUACGGUUUGCCGCAGGACUUGAUGCGACAACCAGGUACAAAAGUGCUACAUAUCGCCGAUGCAGAUGUGGGAACUAUAUGUCAUACGCUCGUCGAAUGUUUGACGCAGGUGAAAGCGUGGUCUGAUGCAAAAAACAGGCAGCACGUGCCUAUACCUAUAUUAAUUGAAUUUAAAAGGACGGAAUCCGGUCUUGAGAAACAAGGGGGUGUUGUUGCGGAGGACUGGACAGUUGAAGCUCUUGAUAGAGUCGAUGCUGAGAUCCGCUCCGUGUUUAGCGACAAUCAACUCAUUACGCCGGAUGAUAUUCGCAAACACGCAAUAGAUAAUGGCGUCGUUGGCCACAGCAACAACGGCAACAAAAAUAACAUCACACUUGAAGAAGCAAUUCUCGCCUAUGAGCACGGCGGUGGCUGGCCCACCCUCUCAUCUUCACGCGGGAAAUUCUUUUUCGUUAUGGACAACGAACCAACUCAUCCCAUCCAAAUCCGUGAUCCAUACAGAAGCAACAACAGACUCAACCUCGAAGGUCGCGUAAUAUUCACAAACUCUGUCCCUGGCGAACCAGACGCGGCAUUCAUCAAAUGCAAUGAUCCAAUCAGCGACAACAAUCAGCACGAAAUCCAAGAUUUGGUUUCCAAGGGCUAUUUUAUUCGGACCCGCGCUGAUGAGCCGAUUCAGAUGCUUCUCAAAGAUGAAGUACCAGCCAUGCGCGACGCGGCGUUGGCGAGUGGUGCACACAUUGUCAGUUCGGAUUGGGUUGGGGCUGGUGUGAGUGCGAGAUAUAAUAGUGAUUACUUCGUGGGAUUGCCGCUGGGAAGAUCUGCGAGAUGUAAUCCGGUUAAUGCGCCGGGGGGAUGCGAGGAUGAAUAUUUAGAGUUGUUGGUAUGA